UCCGUUCCAUUGAAUUAUUAGAAAAGUAAUGCACACCCUUCGUGGCUGCAUCACCACCUCGAGUGUGCAUUUUUUUUUCUUAUAAUUCAACGUACUGUCACAUUUUUAUUUAAUUGUAAAUAACAUAAAAUUAACAUUACAACUAUAUUAUUUUAACGGAUGUAAUUUCCACAAUAAAUACAAAAUAAAGUAUGCAAAAGUGUACUUCUUUUUCUCAGGAUUUAUGGCACAAAAACAACAUGUUUAAGUCAGAUUAAAAAAAAAACACUUUUUGCAAGCAAUCUUGCCCUUCAGUUGUACCUAUCAGCUCAUAUUCCUGUGUUUAGUGUGAAGUCCGGGUUCCAUCACAUCUGUUUGUUUUGUAUGUUAACAAAGGCCAGCAAACCAGUUUGUUAUGCCCGUUGUCUUUCCUCUACUGUGAAGGGGACGUGCAUUAGUGACAGGCAAAAGCGGCUUUGUUUUCAGCUUUAGCAGCAGGGUUUUCAUCAGAUGGUUAUGAUCAACACUCGGACUGGAACCGUGUAGACCCCCAGAGAAUACUAGAGCAGGACCAAGACCUCCUCAGAAGCAGCUGGUCUGGACAACCGGUCCAUUCCCUUCAUCGGCGGACAGCAGUCAGUCCAGACCGCACCAGGAGCCUGUCUCUGGAGAACGAGCCACCUGUGACUUUCCUGGUCCGCAGCGCUGCCCUGGAAGACCUGACAUCCGUCAGGGAGAGGACUGUAGAAGCCACGGCUCCUUACAGCGAAACCCUCCAGGAAGAGGAAGAACUGUCUUUUUAUGGCAACGAGAGCAAUGUUGAAGAAGAAACGCUUCCUGCAUGGGCCUGCAGGGCUCAGGCGACACUUGAUGAAUAUGCACCUUCUGAAACAAAAGAACAUAGUGUUUCCCAAACUCUUUCUCAUGAACACAUGGCAGCAAUGGGAGAAGUGCAGGAGAAAGCUGAUGCUAUGUUAUCAGAAGUUGAUCACAUCGUUACCGUUACCGCCGAAGAUGACGGAAAGACAGAAGCCACUCCUCCCUCUGCAAGCACAGUUGGCUGUCCAAAAAGUGUCAACGUCUCCACGGCAAGAAAAUCCUUGGUGCCAGUGGCUCAAUUCAAAGCUCAGUCCAAGACCAAUGGUGAUACUGAGAAGAGGGCUCCUAGUAGCAGUAGACCUCAUGCUGCCGGAACAAAGAUUCCUGCCAUGACUGCAGCUGCCAAAAAUGGAAAAGACUCUCCUAAGACCCCGGAGACCAGCGGGCACAGCAGCCCCGGCACUCCCAAGUCCCCUGCCAGCAAGGCUGCGGGUGGCAAGCCUCCAACCACAGGAAAUGAAAUCAAGAAGGUCGCAGUGAUUCGCUCGACUCCUAAAUCUCCAAAGAACCGCUCGCCCACAUCACUGUCGGCCGCUGCCCCCCUCCCUGAUCUGAAGAACGUACGAUCCAAAAUCGGCUCCACUGACAACUUGAAGCACCAGCCUGGAGGCGGCAGGGUACAAAUUCUUGAUCAGAAGGUGGAUUUCAGUAAUGUUCAGGCCAAGUGUGGCUCCAAAGCCAACCUCAAGUAUACGCCAGGAGGUGGAAAUGUUCAAAUUCUCGAUCAGAAGUUGGACUUAAGUAGCGUGCAGUCUAGAUGUGGUUCCAAAGAUAAUAUCAAACAUUUACCUGGAGGUGGAAAUGUCCAAAUCCUCCACAAAAAGAUUGAUCUGAGCAAUGUGCAGGCAAAGUGUGGAUCGAAAGACAACAUCCGCCACAAACCAGGUGGAGGAAACAUUGAGAUCAGGUCUGAGAAGCUUGAAUUCAAGGCUCAGUCAAAGGUCGGAUCUAUGGACAACAUUAAACACACACCUGGAGGAGGCAGCAGGAGGAUUGAGUCGCACAAACUGAUGUUCCGUGAGCAGGCCAAAGCGCGAACCGACCAUGGCGCAGAAAUCGUGUCUCUAGAGGAGUCGCCACAUGGCCUGAGCACCGUCUCCUCUUCUGGCAGCAUCAACAUGGCAGACCCCCCGCAGCUUUCCACCCUCGCUGACCAGGUGUCUGCAUCGCUGGCCAAGCAGGGCUUGUGAUUGGACCACACCACCAAACCACGCCCCCCAACCCCAGCCCUUCCCAUUCUCUUCUGCAUACCUGAUGGUAUUCUAACCUCUCUCUGAAAGUCAUUUUGUGGCCCAGAAAACAACGCCAAGUAACUUUUGGCAGUCACUGUUCGAUUUUGUAAUACUUAAGAUUUGUUAUAGGCCAAUGAAGCUUUUGAACUUUUUGAAUUUGCCUCGUCCUUCACUUUAAGGCAGUUCCCACGGUGGACAUUUUUAACAACUGGAAAUGUCCUCCGACUGCCCUCCAUUGACUAUAUUUAAUAACACAAAAUUACGUUUGUGUAUUUGUAUGGCUUUUGUUGACCAUUAUAUGUUAACUUAUGCAUGAUGCCGUUUUUUGGUAGCUCCUGGAUUUAGGACAGUUCAUACAGAACCCAUUUUUACUUUCAGAGAGGAUUGUUCUCAUUUUUAAAUCAGGCUAAAAUUAGAUUGAGAUUAUGAAUAUUUAAGUCGCUUAGUAGUGCUUAAAAUGAAAAUUAGAGCAUCGUAUCUUGACUUUGAGAAAGAAAGCAACUUAAAGCCCCACAGUUUGUGUUUGAAAGGAUUUGCAAGGCUUAUGUGAAGAAAAACAGGUGCAUAACAGCGCUGUGUAAAAAGUCUACAUCUCUUUCUAAAAUGGCCAUGAAAUUCAGAGUGCUUCAUAAGGAAACGUCUCGUACAGUAUUAAUAUGUGGAUGAAUAUGGGAUGUAUAUAAGAUGAAAACACUUUUUUUGUGUGCCUACUGGCAGUCUUAAUUGAAAAUGCCUCCCUUUUGGUUUUUUUGCUUGUUUUCUAGCUUGGCAACUAUCAGAACAUUUACCUUCCAUUUAUAUUUUUUAACAAACAUAAAAUUGUAGCUAUGACAUGUCUGCUGUUUAGGAAAGUUUGAUUGGUAACAUUUUACAAUGAGGUUCAGGUUGUUGGCAUUAGACUGAUGAAAUAACGAUCAACUAUACUUUUACAGCAUUUAUUAAUCUCGAUAAAUGUUCAUUACUACAUAUACUAAUGCAUUUGAACAUUUAUUUACUAACAACAAACAAUAGGAAAUAAGUUGACCUGGAAUAAAAAUUGCUUUAAAAAACGUCUUUUAGUUUGAUUCAAAAUGCAUUGACUAACGUCAUUGUAAAGUGUUAUUGUUUUAUUAAUAACAGGUUGCAUGUGAGAAUCUGAACGCUAUUUGAAGUAUCUUAUGGAAAAACAACCUAUGCACCUGUAAACUUCCUCCAUAAUACUGCCAACAGUCCUUCUCAUUUCUCUGAUGAGAUGAAUUGCCAAACUGUUGUGUAUUAUAAAUUUUCUGGCGACAUAAACUAUAACAAGUAUUGUAUUCUUCACGGAAAGCGUCACUCGAGCACAAGCAUGCCGUUCAACUUCGAUCCGUCACGUGACCACGUCAUCCGCUUCCACUUUAUAGCUGUAAAAUGUUACGUCAAGGUCUUCUGUUUUACUGAACGAUGAUGUAAUGACCUCAGCCAGUCAUGUGGCUUAAAUUCUCUCCCCUGCACUAUCACAGAAUGUUUAAUGAGCUUUGAACCACUCCACAUGAUCUUUGCUCCUUGCAUGCAUUUCAUGUAAGCAGCCUGAGAUAUUGCGUUGCCUCUUAUACUUGCGUAUAUCCCAUAAUCGCUGAUGUGCUUAUUAGGAAUCUAUGUAGACAGUAGUGGAAAAGAGCACUACUCAGACGGCGAUCCCUGUUUCUUUGUGUUGGAGAUGGAGCCGUGUAACCACCAUUAGAUAUUUAAUGUAUGUUUAUCGUAUGUUUAUGACUGUAUGUUUGUAUAAGGACUUGAAGAGACUUCAAAAAAAUAAAAAAUAAGCAGAGGAGUUCAGAAGCCAUGCCUGCAACGUUUUAAUCUGCAUGCUGAGUUUUAACUUGAAUUGGCAACAAGUUUCUGAACGUUUUCUGACUAGGGUGUUUUUGGGAAGGUCGAGAGAGCUUGGAUAUGGGAUAAGCUGUUUGUUACGGUUUUGAUGUUGUGAUGAGAGGGGAAGUAAGUGAGUGUUCAGUGGACAAGAAGAGGGAAAGAAAGUCAGUCGGUCCUUUGGUUUAAAUGUCUCACUCUAUAACCUUCGACAUGGUUCUGGGUGCAGUUUUGCCAUCCUGUUGACAUCGACUCCAUACACCAUUUUUGCAGUUGUAAAUUUUAGCUUGGGAACUGUGGUUGUCAAUAUUGUUUGUGUGUUUUAAUAAUAACUGUUUUACAAUGAUUCUUGUUGAUGUACAUGUGAAUUUGGAAAUAAAGGAUAUUAAUCAAA